AUAAAUAUAUUUACUCAAAAUUCUUUCUCACACAUUCAUUAAGUCAGUCACGCCUUUUCUCGACUACCCAAAAUUCCUAAUCUUCCAUGGCGAAACUGAAGAUUGCAGGCACAUGGGCAGGUGUGUUGGAGGUUGAAUUGGAGAAUUGGACAGUGCCCAUGUUGAGAGAAGAGGUUGCGAAGCGAUCAAACCUCGGGCCAGAGUCGAUCAACUUGAUAUGCGCAGGGAAGUUAUUGAAAGAUGGUGAUGGGAGCGAGAAGCUAAGCCAACUGGGUAUCAAGAACAACGGAAAGAUUCUUGCGAGUCGGGUCUCAGUCAACGAGGGGAAGUCGUUGAAUGAAGAGUUGAUGGCCGAGGAGGAGCGUUCUCGUAGACUUAAUCGAGUCAAGGCUGCUGCCAGUGCACUAGCUCAAAGACAUGCUGAUGGUUUAAUGCCAGUUGAAGACUUCAAUAUUGAACUUGAAGAUCAAAGUGGACAGAAAGUGCAAUUGGGAUCCGAGACUGAUCAACGGGCUAUAAUGAUGGGUCUCAUGCUUCACACCAAUGCUAAGCAGCUUAUUAGAAGGAAAAUGUUCAAAGAUGCAUUGGAAGUGCUUACUAUGGGAGAGGAAGCUUUCUCUCUUUGCAAUCCCAAGGCUAUAGAGCUAAUUGACAACGUCUCGAUACUGCAAAUAGACAUGGUGUGGUGUUAUUUUAUGCUCCGAGAUGUUAGCUGGCUUUCUGUAGCAGGAAUUCGUCUUCAGAAAGCUAAAGAAGGACUGGAACGUGCUCAUGGAAAGGACGCCUCCCGUGUCAGACUCCUUCAAGCAGGUCGCUCUCUAGAGCUAGCACUACACAUGAGACUGGAGCUGUUGGAAGGGGUAGUAGCAUAUCACUCUGGUCAAUUUGUUGAAUCUAGGAAGGCCUUGACCUCUGCUCAAGCAAAAUUUUCACAGUUAGUAGUGUCAGAUGAAGCACUAUCCUUGGUUAUGAGUAUGGGUUUUAAGGAAAAAGAAGCAAAGAGGGCUUUGCGCAUGAGCAAUCAAGAUGUGGGGAGUGCCAUUGAUUUUCUUGUGGAAGAGAGGACACAGAUAGAAAAGAAACGGGAAGAGGAUAUUCGGCGAAGAGAUGAGAUCUCGGAACAAAAGCAAUACGGAGUGACACCAUUAAAGAAACCUGUGGAUCUCCAGAGAUUGAGGGAGUUGGUUUCCAUUGGGUUCGAUAAAGAGCUUGCUGCUGAAGCUCUUCGUAGAAAUGAGAAUGACACUCAGAAGGCAUUGGAUGACUUGACAAGUCCAGAAACCAAUUCUCUGUUACAGGUUGAUAUUGAAUCUAGGAAAAGGAAAAGACAGCAACAAAAAGCCGAUGCUAUAAUUGAAAGGCUCGUUUCCAUGGGCUUUGAUAGAUCAAGAGUGGUUGAAGCUGUUCGAGCUGGUGGCAAUCUGCGUCAAGCCUUGCAACUGCUAACUGCACAACCUGGGGUGAACCCCUCAGCUGCUGCGGGUAACAAUGCCAGCUCUGCUCCAACAUCUACUACCAAUCUCGGCCCUGAAAGUUUGAGCAACCAUAAUCUUCCUGAUAGUUUGAUUGAGAAUGACGAAGCCGGUGAGGCAUCAACUUCCAGGAAAACAGAAGUGAGGGAUGAGGAAAUGGAAAACGAACUUGCUGCAGAGUUAGAAAGAGGAGAUGCGUAUUCAGACUACGACUUUGAAGUGACGGAAGAGGGUGAAGCCUUGAAUGAGUACUUGGCUUUGCUUGAUUCAGCAGGCAGCAAUCAAAAGGUUCAAGCUUCUCAUUAAGGAGGGAAACUCUUCACCAUGGCAUUAAGUAUAUAUCUGUCAAUAGAUCUCCAUAAUUGUUCCUUGGGGACAUCUGAUAAAAUCAUCAUCUAUAACCCUAAUAAUUAUUAUAAUGGCAUUAAAAAAUCAUGUGCUACAGAAAGCAAAAUCUAUUUUUGCUAGCGUAAUGAAUCAUACUAUGCCAGGGAUUUUAUAUUUAUGACAACAGAGUUUUCUUUUUUUUUU